AUGACCUCACCGCUUCCCGUGCCUCUUGGUGUGACGCUCGCCUUCUUUGACGAUUUUAUCGCGUCCCAUGGCGGCGAGGCGGCGUUCGUCGGCCUCACGACUGCCCAAGUGAGCACGUCGUUUCUGAUGCCGACGACCGCGCACACCAAACUCUCGCUUGUCGAGCAGCUUACGAAUGCCCCGUUUGUGCAGCCCGCGCGCUACUUUGUGUCGCACGCGUGGAAGUACCUCUUUCUGGACGUCGUCGAGAGCCUCCGCCUCUUCUUCGCCGAGAAACCAUUGACCGAGCACGUUGUCUGGUUUGAUCUCUUUUGCAAUUCGCAGCACGACACGACCAUCAAGCCCUUCUCAUGGUGGACGACAACCUUUCGGAGCUCGAUUGGCGCGAUCCAAAAUGUCAUUAUGGUGCUCUUGCCGUGGGACCGGCCGAUUCCGCUCACCCGCGCGUGGUGCGUCUUUGAGAUCUUUGCGACCGUCUCGACGAAAAGUGCCUUCCACGUCGCGAUGACGCGCGCCGAGACGGACCGGUUCGCCGAUCACGUGAGCGUCGACACCUUCUACGACAUGCUGGGCCAUGUCAAGAGCGAGGCGUGCGAAGCCUUCAAACCCGAGGACAAGGCGCAGAUUACAGCAGCGAUCAUCGAAGCCAUUGGGUUUACGGCCAUGGACAACCUGGUGUUUCAGGUCUUUGGCGCGUGGAUGGCGACGACACUAGAAGCCAAGAUUGCAUCGACCUCGGAUGUUCUCCAAGCCAACUGGCAGCUCAAGCUCGGGUCGCUUUGCCAAGCCCAAGGCAAGUUUGCCGACGCGGAGCGGCUUCUUGACGCGGCCGUCGCCACCAAGAAGCAGUGUGCGGGACCAGACGCCGCGGAGACCCUCGUUGCGAUGGAGCGGCUGGCGACCUUGUACAACGAACAAGGCCAAUUCGCGCGCGCCGAAGAGGUUCUUGGACACUGCCAUCUCGGCUGGGAAAAGCUCGGCCUCGCUGAGACCGCGCCAGCCGCCAUCAUCGCGCUCGAGACACUGGCGACGACGCUGCAGAACCUCGGCAAGUACGAUGCCGCGGAGGCCAUUUACGUCAAGUGCAUUGGCCGACGCCGGCAGGUGAGUGGCGACGACCAUGAAAGCACGCUUGUUUGCAAGAGCAACCUCGCGACGCUAUACGAAGAGCGAGGUGAGUACCACAAGGCAUCGCCGCUCUUGAACGAGUGCUUGGCGGCGUCGAUUAUGACGCUUGGCCCCGACAACCCGCGAACGCUCACGCUCAAGAACAACGUUGCGGCCAACUUGAACAACUUGCGUCACUUUGACGCGGCGGCCGCGCUGUACGUCGAGUGCCUCACGGACAGCGAGCGUCUUCUGGGCGUCGACCACCCAAGCACGCUGGCUACCAUGAACAAUGCCGCCGCCAACUUUGCCGCUCAGAAAAAGCUGACCGACGCCGAGGUGCUCUACACGACCUGCGUCGAGCGGAGCAAGCGCGUACUCGGACAUGAGCACCCGAGCACAUUCAUGACAAUGAGCAACCUCGCGAGCUUGCUCCGGGAGGCCCAAAAGACCAACGCCGCCGAGCUCCUGUUUCAAGAGGUGCUUGCGAUUAGCACCAAAGUGCUCGGUCCGUCGCACCCCAACACACUCACGACCAUGUCCAACCUCGGCCAAAUGUACGAACAGGAGGGCAAACUGGACGCUGCGCUAGCGCUCCUCGUCCCUUGCCUUGCGUCGCGCCGCCAAGUGCUGCCGCCCGAGCACCCUGGCAUUGCCAAGACGAUUCUGUCGGUUGCGAUGCUGUUUGAAGCCAAGCACGAGUUUGCAGCCGCGGAACCCCUUUUGCGCGAGUACUGUGCGCUCCAAACGCGCUUGGUUGGGCCUCAGCACCCAGCGACGAUCUUCGGACGCUUUGCGCUCGCCGAGCACUUGGUCAAAACCCACGCCCUCGAGGCCGCCGAAGCCAUCUUCCUCGACUGCGCUGCCAGUGCCAUGACGACAUUCGGCCCCAGCGCCACCGAAACAAAGCACCUCGAAAGCGCUGUCGAGGUCUUCUACCUCAAUCGAAGCCAAACGAGCAUGAAGGCGAAAGAGUGGGGCGAUGCGGCGCGCGACCUGGCGGCCCUCGAGGCCUUUGGUACCGUCCAUCCGCUGAGCAUUAGAGCCACGGACGCGCUCCGUGUCCUCAAGCAGCACUUGCCCGUGGGCGCGCCCCACAAGGUCGCCUCGGGCUAA